AUGGCGACUCGAGAUGGCGUGAACGGGAAGUUAGAACGGAGGAAGACGAUGACUAUGAACUGGGCCGGGUUAGGCGAUGUUGAAGACAACGACGACGACGACCACUUUUUCGAGAGCUCUAACCGUAUCUCCACCGUCGUACCCGAAGAUUUAGCAUCAUCCUCCGACGAGGAAAACGAGUUCGAUGAUUGCCGGAUCUCCUUCUCUCGUCCUCCCGAGCCAUCGCCGGAUUACGAUAUCUGGAUGUCGGCGCCGGGAUCUAUAACCGAGCGUCGACGUAAGCUUCUCAACGGAAUGGGACUCGAGUCGAGGAAGAGCAUGCUCGGAGCUAUCUCGAUCCAACGCGUGAGCAAUCCCGUAACGGCUAAUACCGUUACUGAAGCCAAGGUUGAGGAGCCUGAUCAUCGUAAUAAAUCUCCCGUUAGAUCUCCUCCGUCGAUGUCGGUUAUGCUUGUGCGGUCCAGAUCCGACUCCGAUAUCGAAGCUUCUUCAGCUGAGAAGAAGAGGAGAGACGAAAUGUUAGGGGAGAAAACGUCGAAAUCGCGUCUCACAAGAACCGCGUCUCACUGCGGGAGGAGAUCAAUCUGUCCACACUCUAUGCAAACGCAAACGCAAGCCUCACCGUCGAACGAACCAAAGGGGAGAUCUCAUCACGGCCAAGGCAAACGUUGUAACGGUGGCGGGGCGAUGCUUUCCUCAGCGGUUUCGAAUACUCAGUUCAGUGCCUUCUUUCUUAUAAAGAAUCUCGACACAGGGAAAGAGUUCGUUGUGAAGGAGUACGGGGAGAAUGGGAUGUGGAACCGUCUCAGCGAUAUUCAAACCGGGAAGCAGUUGACGAUGGACGAGUUUGAGAAGAGCGUUGGAUACUCAUCUGUUGUUAAAGACCUUAUGCGACGAGAGAACGCGAGCUCCACCGUUGAUUUGAGGAAGUUGAAUUCUUACGUUUCGAAAAGCUUGAGAGUGAGCAAGAAGAAAGGAGCUGCGUUGUUGAAGAACAUAAAGGGUGUUGCUCAUUCAAUGAGCGCUAAGGCAGCUUCUUCUUCUUCAGAGAAGGAUAAGGAUUCUUCUAACGGUAGUGCUACAAAUAGUCCUAGAGUAGUAGUGGACGGGAAGAGCAACGACCAGACGAAUCAAUGGGUGAAGGUGAGGCAUUCAGGGAAGUCUCAUAAAGAUCUAAGUGCUUUGCAUUUGUGUCAGGAGAUUCAAGCUCAUCAAGGAGCUAUUUGGACUAUGAAGUUCAGUUUAGAUACGCAUUUGUUAGCAAGUGGAGGGGAGGAUUGUGCUAUUCAUGUGUGGGAGGUUCAGGAGUGUGAGAUUAUGUCAAUGAAUGAAGGGAGCUUGACACCUAUUCAUCCUUCAAUGGCUGCUUCUUCUUCCGCGGAAGGUGGUGAUGAUUCGGAAGUGCACAAUGAGAAGAAGAAGAAAGGGAAAAGUAGUUCAUCUGGUAAGAAAGGAAGUCAGAUCCCAGAUUAUGUCCAUGCGCCUGAAACUGUCUUCUCACUAUCAGAUAAACCAAUAUGUUCUUUCACUGGCCAUUUGGAUGAUGUUCUUGACUUAUCCUGGUCUCGCUCAAAUCUAUUGCUUUCAUCUUCCAAGGACAAAACCGUGCGAUUAUGGGAUAUUGAAACUCAAAGCUGCUUAAAACUGUUUGCCCACAAUGACUAUGUUACUUGUGUACAUUUUAAUCCAUUGGAUGAAGAUUACUUCAUAAGUGGCUCCCUUGAUGCCAAGAUCCGUAUAUGGAACAUAUCAAACCGUCAAGUAGUGGAGUGGAAUGAUCUAAAUGAAAUGGUUACCGCGGUUUGUUACACUCCUGAUGGUCAGGCUGCAUUUGUUGGUUCACAUAAAGGGAAUUGUCGGCUUUACAGUGCAGAGGAUUGCAAGCUGGAGCAAACAAACCAUAUUGAUCUGCAAAACAAAAAGAAAGCUCAAGCUAAAAAAAUCACAGCUUUCCAGUUUUCGCCUAUUAAUCCAUCAGAAGUGCUUGUAACUUCUGCUGAUUCACGCAUUCGGAUUCUUGAUGGUACUGAACUUAUUCAAAAAUUCAGAGGUUUCAAAAACACAUGCAGCCAAAUGACAGCAUCAUACACACUAGAUGCUAAACACAUUAUCUGCGCAAGCGAAGACUCGCAGGUUUACGUGUGGAAACACGAAGAGCCACGACUAGGAAUCACCGGUAGAAAAACCAUCGCCAUGUGUACUUCUUACGAAGCCUUCCCUUGCAAAGACGUCUCCGUGGCAAUCCCCUGGCAUGGCGUUGUAAAAGGCGAACCACCACCCACACAUUCCCAUUCCAAGAAAAACGCUAAAAAAACUUCGACGCAAGAAAACGCAAACGGAGCUAAAAAGUCCAGCCUCCCACCGUUACCCAAGAAAAACAAUGACAACGCGGCGGAUGGAGCAACAGAACAACAUCAAGAAGAUGAGGCCACGACGCAGAACGAAGCAGAGAACAACAAUACAGGAGAGACACUAAAGCCAGGGGAUUCACCUUCUACGUCGCUCUCAUCUCGGAUAUCUUCUUGGUCUUGGUUUGAUGGUAGUGGCAGUCAUGGAUCGCAUAAUCAACCAACGGCUUGGGGAAUGGUGAUUGUUACAUCCACCAUCGGUGGCCAAAUCCGAGCGUACCAGAAUUUUGGAUUGCCCCGUAGAGUCAGUCGUCAAGGCUCUCUGUUUUGA